CUUUUUAUAAUAGUGCAAAAAAAAAAAAAAUACUGCAAAUAUAUUGCAAAAUAAUUUAAAUAACGGAAAAAAUAACUUUAGGAGGUCGUGAGUUGCUAAUUGGAAGUAAAGAAAAUUAUUUUAGGGAAAAUGAUUGUUAAAAUUCAUUUUGGGUUGGUAGUUGCUUCAUCAAUUUUUGGUAUAUUAUCUACUGCUGGGACCAAAUGGGAAUCAAUAAAUGGCGUUCAUCUUGGUUUGUGGAAUGUAUGCGUGCAUUCAGAAAAACAAUCGUACUGCAGUGAUAGAGAAACGAGCGCUGCGUUGGUAGUGACUCAGAUCCUCAUGAUUUUGGGAUGUUUAGGAUAUUUAACUUCAUUCAUUUACUUUGGAUUUAUUCAUUUAAAAAUUAAAACAUUAGGACAUAAGCAUAUUGGUAUACUAAUUAUACUUUCAGCAAUUCUGUCAAUGUCUGGGCUCGUUGUAUAUUCAAGGUAUCUGAAAAUAACAAAUCUUACGUCAUACAAUUGGUCCUUUGCGUUUGGAUGUGUAUCGAUUGUUAUUGCUCUAAUAAAUGGAGUAACACUCACUGCUAAUUACAUAACUUAAUUGCAACUGACACAAAAUAGAGAGUUAACAUGUAAAAAUUAUUUUUUUAAAUCAUAAAUAUUAAUAAAACUUUAAA